UAAAAAGAAAAAAAAGGAAAAUUGACCUUUGAAAGGAAAACAGCAGGUGGAGAGCAAAAACCAGGCAGCCGAGGACGUAUCAGGAGGAAAUUCAGCAGAGAAAAAUGAAAGUAUUGCUUUUUGUCAUCUGAGGACUGGCUGCACGUAUAAAAACCAUGAGGCCCAGCGCAGGCCGUCUGGCUGCUAUUUGAGAGUGGCAGGGAGAGCACAUAGUGGUGUUUGUUUGUGAGGCAGCAGCGCGAUAAGACCAAUGGAGGGAGAGGAGAGGGCGAGGGCGGCCGAGGCGAGGCCCAGCCGUUUGACCGCCCUUCAGGAGCAGCUCAUCUGGGCCCUGCUGGAGUCCGGACUGUCCCGGGACGUCCUGGUCCAAGCCGUGGGGGAGCUGGAGCGCAGCAGGGCCAGUGCCGGGGCCGAGAAGGGGGAUGGAGAGAGCUCCGAGGAGGGGGAGAUGGAUUUCCCUCCUCCUAUAUUCCGAGAGUUUGAGAAGCUUCCUCCAGACGAGGCGUCCAAGCUGAGGGCCGAGGUGGACCGGUUACUGCAAGAGGACCCCUGGCAGGUUGCAAAAAUUGUGAAAAGCUACAUGCAGCAACACAACCUACCUCAGAGGGAGGUGGUAGAGUCUACAGGUCUCAAUCAGUCCCACCUCUCCCAGCACCUCAAUAAAGGCACACCCAUGAAAAACCAGAAGAGAGCUGCUCUGUACAGCUGGUACGUCAAGAAGCAGUGCGAGAUCAGCCAGCAAUUUACCAAUGCUAAACAUGGUCUUGCACCAGUGGAGGACCAUGGAGAGGAAACCAAGAAAGGACGCAGGAACAGGUUCAAGUGGGGUCCGGCAUCCCUACAGAUCCUCUUCAAUGCCUACGAGCGUCAGAAGAACCCAAGCAAGGAUGAAAGAGAAGGGUUGGUGGAGGAAUGCAACAGAGCGGAGUGUCUCCAGAGGGGAGUAUCUCCCUCCCAGCUCGCUGGUCUGGGAUCAAACCUGGUUACUGAAGUCCGAGUCUACAACUGGUUUGCCAACCGGCGCAAAGAGGAGGCGUUUCGUCACAAGCUGGCACUCGACACGUCUUUCAACAGCCAGUCAGCUUCAUCCUCUAAUGCAAAUCUUGCUCCAAGUCCUGAGCACGGUGUGAAAUACAGCCAGCAAAUCUCCUGCGAAACAGGCAGCACAGCAAGAAGCAGCGUAGGGGAGCGCAUGGGGCGUCUUGUGGUCAGUCCUGUCCAACUAGAACCCAGCCAUACACUCCUAGAGUCUCAUAACCCCAAACUGGUGUCUGGCAGUGGACCACUGCCCCCAGUAAGCACUCUGACAUCCUUGCACAGUCUUUCAGCCUCCCCAGCCUCCUCACAGAGCCUCAUCAUGGCCUCGGUGCCCAGCGUCAUGAGUCUGGGUGAAUCUUCCCUCCUAAUAGGUUUGGCCCCUACGCAGUCACAGACCGUCCCCGUCAUUAACAACAUGGGGGCCGGUUUCACCACUCUACAGCCGAUUUCAUUCCAGCAGCAGCUUCACGCAUCCCACCAGCAGGCCCUUCCCCAGCAUCUUCAGGGUCACAUGGCUGCCAGCCCGUUCAUGGCGACCAUGGCGCAGCUGCCAUGUCACAUGUAUAACAAGUCUGAGUCGCCUCAGUACCAUUCGUCCAGCCUGCUGUCUCAAGCCAUGGUCAUUACCGACAGCAGCAGCCUGGGAACCCUGACGAGCCUCGCUGCAGUCCGACAGAUCCUGACGGCAGAUCCUGACGAGGACACAGAAUCACCUCUACAGGAGGACUCUUUACACCUGCAGCCACAAACACCUGUGCCAGCUUCCUCUGAGAGCCUGGAGUUGUACCCUUCCUCCCAGACGACAGAGCGCCAUCAGUCUCACCUCCUCUCACCUUCGCCAACAGACAUCAGCUCCUACAUGCCCACGCAGAUGGUGUCCACAGCCCAGUAAGCCCUUAGCGGCAUCAUCUGCCAUAGAG